UUCAACGUGUUCGAGCAUGAGCUGGUGAUCACCCCAAAUUGAUGAGGAUCAUGUACUGGUAUAUAUUGAUGACGUGGGUCUAGAGACUACGGUGUACAUCAAUGCGUCGCCAUAAAAACACAAAGCGCUAGAGCAUCUAGUGUCCUGGGUACUCCGUACGGAGCAUGGAACUAUUAGUAGGACUGCCACAAUCGCCAGAAAGAUGAAUGAGAGGGUGAAGCAGUGCUCUUGCAUCCGUAGAAGAGGGUACUUUUGCAUCAAUUCCCAUCAAUGGCCGAGUCGUGCACGGGCUGGAAUAUUUCUUCCUAGCAUUGUUGCCCUUUGUCCGGUUGAUUUUGACCCAGCCGGUCCCAGCAAACGUUACUUGGCCCAAUUGAGGAUCUCAUGCAUUUGGCAGUCUCCCGUCAUACGAUCCAAGGGUAUCCGAGUUGAGAUUGCACCAGGCCCAGUGCAGCGAUCUAACACAGGCAGUGUCCCAUCCAGCGCGAUUUAAAAAGCGCCAUAUGGGCGUGGGACUACCUCCCGAGAGAUUCGACAGGACAUGGCAACUCGGCAUGGUUGAAGCCUACACUCUCCGAUGAAACCUGGAUCAAGUCGGAUGAAGUAUCAGGAGGUACGUCUUCCACAUUAUCGAUCGACAAAGCAUAGAUAGCGAGUGUGACAGAAGAAGAGCAUGAGCCAUGAAGAGCAUCGACAGACCACAGUCAAUGGGAUGAUUCGACGUCACAGCUCAUGGUCAGAACCGGAGAGCACCGGUUCAGCCGAGGCACAAUCGGGCUAUCCACCCAGAACGCCAACGGGACCCGAGUGGAUCUCAGUCUGCCCCGGAUUCUCAUCGUCAGUGGGACAGACGAGAAGAGGACUGGCAAGAUGGAGAGAGGAACCCCAUUCAAAGACUAAAUGGUCUAGAAUUGGCGGAUGAUCCCGGCGAGUUUCUCGGGAAGGACCGUGACCAGAGUCGCUCGUUUGGGUUUAGCGCGGUGGGCUAUUUUGAGCAUGUGAUGUGUCAGCUGACUGGCUAU